AUGCCCGUUUGUCAAGGCCUUCUGGACCGGCUACCGGGCCUGACUGGCCGCGGUCAAGACUGGUCCUACCGUGGGUGCGUGACCAACAGCCAUCCCAGCGAUGUUUUCCCCCUGUCCUGGCCUGAGCUGCCCCCAUGCACGGUGGUGGGGCCAGGGUAUGCUCAAAUAGGCGUCCUGGCCGAGCCCUUGGACCAAGCACGGGCCAAGGAGGGCAGCAAGCUGGGCGCCAAGGAGGAGUUUGCCAAGAUGGUGGGCCUGGACCUCUUCAACUUCAUGCAGAGUUUUGGCGGAGUGCAGAACGUAGGGAGCAACAACCUGCUGGUGCCCAUGAAUGUGCUGGAUGCCUGGUACCAGCGUCUCGAACGGCGGCUGAGGAAGGACCCAGACUUUCUCACACGCCAGCGCGACAAGGUGUGA